AUGUGUGGCAGCUACUAUGGAGGCCGCGGCUACGGAGGCCGCGGUUACGGAGGCUGCGGCUACGGAGGCUGCGGUUACGGAAGCUGCGGUUACGGAGGCUGCGGUUACGGAAGCUGCGGUUACGGAGGCUGCGGUUACGGAGGCUGCGGCUACGGAGGCCAGGGCUGUGGCUAUGGCUCCAGCUAUGGCUGUGGCUUCCGCAAACUGGGCUGUGGCUACGGAUACGGCUCUGGCUGUGGCUACGGAUACGGCUCUGGCUGUGGCUACGGAUACGGCUCCCGCUCUCUCUGUGGCUCUGGAUGCGGCUCUGGCUUUGGCUGCUACUAA